CGUUGUAAAAAAAAAAAAAAAAAAGCUUGUUCUUUUUCCGAGGUUUAAAUAAAGUUUCAUCAUCAUACUCUCCAUCACGCGCUCGCCGUAUUGGUGAGAGAGGGAGAGGAUGACGCGCGUCAUGUACCUGCGAGGGAUGCGUGCGUCUUGCGCCGGCCGGGCAUGCGGCCUUGGGGGACGGAUGAUGCGGAUGCGGAUGCCAUGGCAACAGGCCGAUUAGAUCCAGACCUUUAUAUGCACAUUUAUUUAUUUAAUAUGACAUUUGCAUGCGAUGCGCGCCUCUGUGGACGUGCCAGCUCGACCUCUUGAGCUGAGUCAGAGAGUGAGAAGUGAAUUUCAGCUUUAAAAGUCCAUCGACUCUAAAUCAGUCUGCGAAGGAGCAGCCACCUUAAACAACCAACAAGUUGUUUUAUUUUUUAUUAAUUCAACUGAGCACAUCGUUUUACCUUGGAGCAGCAGACUCUAUUGAAAUAUUGUAUCUGUCCUCGGUGUCAUACGGCGGAAAGGGCAGCGCCGUGUCCCUGGGCACAAUGUCAUUGAAAGUCGGCAGAAGUGGGAAUAGAUGGCAUCGGCUGACAGAAUAGAAGACUCUGAACACCUGACCAGGUUCAUUCUGGCAUCACUUUUACAAAAUAGCGCUGUUGUAGAGCCCGGCUGUUUCUCUGGCUGUCUGAGCGCUUCUGUCACAGGCAACAUUUCGGCGCGCCUUCCAUCACGAGGAGUGUUUUUCCGCUCGGAUACUGAAAAUGAAAACGUGCCGCGGAGUCAGUGAGAUCAUGGGCUCGAUUUGGGGUCAUUUGACUUGUUUCCGCCGUCUUGUCUGUCGGUCUGUUCUUCUGUGUGCGUGUCAGAAUGAAUCAGUGCGCCUUGGAGCACGAGCGCCUAUGCCUGUAAUGUGCGUCCCUUAUGUUCAUUAACAAUCCAUCCCUCCUGACAGAGGAUCAAGUGUCCUUAUCAUUCAUCCGUGGAUGAAUGUUCCCCACUCUUCCACCUUACCGCUCAUCUCUUACAUAAUGAUAUAGGUAGAAAAUUGUCUGAGCAAACUGGGCAUAUAUGCUAUACAGACCGGGCACCGACGGCCAAUGAGCGGCGAGCUCCGUUACCUACAAAAGACCGGGAAUCCGGUGCCAAAAUGACCGGCGUCGGAGCGUUGAGGGCGGCUGUGGAGAGGAGAGGGAGGGCCUCGAGGGGAGGGAAACGUUUCAAGGACGAGGAAGGAGGAACGAUACAGAAACAUCUGUAAGGACAAAAGAGGCACUUUAAGAAAAGAGGGGAAAGUGAAGCUGCUGGCGUCACUCUGACAGGGUGAAGGAUUUAAUGUCUGGAUGGGGCUUCUUCCAAGGACACCGAGGUAAGCAUGGCCACAUCAGCGGAGUGAGGGCGCAGGUGUGAGCUGCCUGCUCCAGGACAAUGACUGGAGAUACGAGACCACUUUUCUUUAGCUUCUUCAAUUUAAUUUAUUCAGAUUGACAUUGACAUUUUAUAGCCUAUGUAAUCUACGUAGGUCGACUACAUAAAUCAGUAGUCUUACUGAGGGUCACCAGUUCACCCUCUUCCCUGACUUGGGAUGGAUGGGAUGGCGGGAGUUGUGGGUACCCCCAGUGGCACCGGGGGAUCUGGGUGUGACAGCCUCCCCAGACGUAAUGGAGGGGACUCAAAGCGGCGCAGUAAGGGCAGCCUGCCUUCUCCGGGUUACAGGCUGUCCCAGGCCUCGCUGGAAGGGGAGAGGGGCUCCUUCGGGGCGGACAGCACCUCCUUAGGUGGACGCGGCCGCCGCCCUUCCAUCAUGAGCUCCACCAGGGAUGGCCUUCCCUUCCGAACAGCGGGCACCCCAACCACCCCGGUGCCCCUGCCACCGCCGCCGCCCUCCUCCUCUGCCACAGCCCAUCCUCCCCCACGCUCAGUGGGCUUUGCCACGACCCGCGCCACCCUGACCUCCACCUCCUCCACCGGGACCGGAGUGAUGGUGGUGGCCACCGGCCCAGAGACCACCACCACCACUACAUGUAACACCACUGCUGCAGGGUCCCCUGAGUUAAUGGGUCAAUGUGGACUGGGUGGUUUUGGCAUGGGGCUGGACGGAGAGGACUACAGCAACUCCAACCAGAGCACCUUCAUCCAGAGACAGUUUGGAGCCAUGCUUCAGCCGGGGGUCAACAAGUUCAGCCUGCGCAUGUUUGGAUCCCACAAAGCCGUGGCACUGGAGCAGCAAAGACAGAAAUCAGCAGGGACGUGGAUCAUACAUCCAUACAGUGACUUCAGAUUCUACUGGGACCUGUUGAUGCUAAUGUUGAUGAUGGGGAACUUAAUCAUCCUGCCAGUGGGCAUCACUUUCUUUAGAGAUGAGAACACUCCCUCCUGGAUCAUCUUCAACGUGGUCUCUGACACUCUCUUCAUGGUCGACUUGGUUCUUAACUUCAGGACCGGCAUCAUCAAGGAAGACAACACAGAGAUACUGCUGGACCCGAGAGCGAUCCGACAGAAGUACCUGAAAAACUGGUUCCUGGUGGACUUUGUGUCAUCAAUCCCGGUGGACUACAUCUUCCUGAUGGUGGACAGUUUCGACACCGAGGUCUACCGGACAGCCCGGGCGCUGCGCAUCGUCCGCUUCACCAAAAUCUUGAGCCUCCUUCGACUGCUCCGCCUGUCCAGACUCAUCCGCUACAUCCACCAGUGGGAGGAGAUCUUCCAUAUGACCUAUGACCUUGCCAGUGCCAUGGUGAGGAUAGUUAAUCUGAUCGGUAUGAUGCUGCUGCUGUGCCACUGGGACGGCUGUCUCCAGUUCCUGGUCCCAAUGCUGCAGGACUUCCCUCCUGACUGCUGGGUUUCCAAGAACCUGAUGGUGAAUGACACAUGGGGCUUGCAGUACUCCUAUGCUCUGUUCAAAGCCAUGAGCCACAUGUUGUGUAUCGGGUACGGUGCUCAGGCUCCAGAAGGGAUGACCGAUGUGUGGCUCACCAUGCUCAGUAUGAUCGUCGGUGCCACCUGCUACGCCAUGUUCAUCGGCCAUGCCACCGCUCUCAUCCAGUCGCUGGACUCCUCACGGCGACAAUACCAGGAAAAGUACAAGCAGGUGGAGCAGUACAUGUCGUUCCAUAAGCUUCCUGCAGACGUUCGGCAAAAGAUCCACGAGUACUAUGAGCACCGCUUCCAGGGGAAAAUGUUUGAUGAGGAGAACAUCCUGGGAGAACUUAGCGAGCCGCUUAAAGAGGAGAUAGUCAGCUUUAACUGCCGCAGCCUUGUGGCUAACAUGCCGCUGUUCGCCAACGCUGAUCCCAACUUUGUGACUGCCGUUCUGAUCAAGCUCCGAUUUGAAGUGUUUCAGCCUUCAGACUUCAUCAUCCGCGAGGGCACGGUUGGACGGAAGAUGUACUUCAUCCAGCACGGGCGAGUCAGUGUGAUGGCCCGUGGCAACAAGGAAACCAAGCUGAGCGAUGGGUCAUACUUUGGAGAGAUUUGUUUGUUGACUCGUGGACGGAGGACAGCCAGCGUCCGUGCAGAUACAUACUGUCGCCUGUACUCUCUCAGUGUGGACAACUUUAACGAGGUGCUGGAGGAACAUCCGAUGAUGAGGCGUGCCUUCGAAACUGUCGCUGUUGACCGAUUGGACCGAAUCGGCAGGAAGAACUCCAUGCUCCUGCGGAAGUCAUCCCAGGGCGGUUCUCUGGGGGGCAGUAUGGGUCGCGGUGGAGGCCGUGGUGCAGGGGGUCCAGGAGCCGGAGGAGGCCUGGCAGCCAGCACUCUGGGUUCCUGUGACAGCAUGCUGGUGCAGCAGAUUGUCAAACACGACAGCAUGUCGGCCAUGCAAGAUGCCAUUGCGGCUGCUGCUGCAGGAAGAGGUGGAGUCAUCGGAGGAAGUGGCACGGUGUCUCCUCGGCCACGCCCGGUCAUCUGGGCGCCGCUGGUCCACGCCCCUCUGCAGACUGCUGCUGCCGCCAGUAAUGUAGCCAUCGCCCUCAUGCACCAGCAGCAGCAACAGCAGCAGCAGCUACAGCAGCUGCAGCAGCAGCAUGCACUUGGAGGUGCUUUCUUCCUGCCCUCCCCUCUUGUCUCUCCCUCUCCUUCCUCCUCUUUCCCUCUGUCUCCCCCUCGACCUCCCGUGUUACAGCCCCUCCGCCCCUCUGUGAGCUCUCUCAUCGGGAUGAUGACGAUGGGAGGGAUGGGAGGGAUAGGAGGGAUGGGAGGGAUAGCAGGGAUGGGUGGCUUGGGUGGCUUGUCCCCAAGAGGAUUUCCUGUCUCUCCCUCAUCCAUGGGCCCUCCUGGUGGGUUGACAUCGCCCACUAUUGUUAAAACGCCAUCCACACCCGCCUCCUCUGUCCCGAUGUCUGUCCAACAAGAAAGGAAUCUUCAUUACAGCCUCCGCCUCCAGGCUGAUCAUCCCUCAAUGUUUGCUGGAUCACCAGGUGGAGGUCCACAAACUCCACCCCUCCACAAGGUACCUGCCGCCAACCCCCCUGCUGCUUGUGGUGCCCCGUCAGAUUGCAACACUUUUGUGAUGGGCCAGCAGGGAGCAAAAGAAGCUCUGUUACGUCAUGGAGGAAACAGCUCUCAGUGUCUGCCUGCACUUGGCAGACUCACCCAGGAGGCCAGGCUGCUGUCGGCCUCGCAGCCCACUCUGCCUCACCGCUCCUGGGCUGGAGUGCAGCCUCACCCGCCUCUCCACAGGAAGGCUUCUGGUGGUAAUUUGCUGCCGGCUCCUUUCCUGGCAGGCCAGUUGGCCAGGGGAAGCAGUGCAGGUAUGCUGACCUGUAACGCUCCAGUACAGCUGUUGACAAAUAUACCGUUUAAUGCACAAGCACAGGCCGCAGUUACUAUUCAGGCUGCACUGGCACACAAUCUGCCCACACAAUCUGCUCCUUACACUGCCACUGUGCCCAUACCUAUAGCUGUAUACAUGCCUUCUGCAGCUUCUUUGCCAUCUUCCUCCCCUCCAAAGCAGACCCCGCUCUCCUCUUCCACCCCUUCACCUGCACCCACUCACUCGUCUCCUUCACCUAUACUCCCACAGAUACCUCGUCCUAAACCAUUCCCAAUGACCCCCUCUCGCUCUUCCUCUCCUCCUCCCUGCUCCACCCCACCUUUAGCAGGAACAAACCCGCUGUCGCUCUCAUCAACUCCUCGUCCCAAACCAAUCUCUACAACCUCUCCCCGCUCCUCCUCUCCCUCUCCCUCCUCCACACCGCCUCCAUCUUCUGUUUCUACCCCUGUUUUAAUACUUCAAACUUAUGGGCCCAAGACAUCUUUUACCUCCUCUUCGCCCCCUUCCUCCUCGAUUACCUCUAUCCCACCACGACCCCAGAGCCCCCGUGCCAAGGCAUCCAACACACCUCCUUCUGCUUCUCCGUUGUCUGGCCCCAGUCCCGCCCCAACCCCAAUCCCUUCUCCGAUACAGACUCCCACUCAGACAACCCGCUCUCGCACAUCUACCCCAGCCCAAACUCCUACACAAACCUUGACACCUGUUACUCCUACCCAGACCCUAAUCCGUACACCUUCUCCCUCUCCCAUCCCUGUUAAACCUGUUCCCUCCCUAAGUAAAUCCCAGAGUCCAACCCCUUGUCUCCAGCCCUCUGUCCCUAGUUCAACCAGAGGCCCCACAUUGGGCCAAAUCCCAAAACAGACCCCAACCCAAACCGCAUCUCCUUCCCCUACACCAGCUAUCACUAGCUCUCCUCAUAAAAUGACUUUCACAGUUCAUCCUGUAAAGCAAACCCCUCCUGUCCUUACUCCAACCCCCACUGCAGGCUUCGUUUUCUCCACCAAACCAACCCCAGCUACAAGCUCUACAACAUCAUGCCCAAACACAAGCUCCACUAGCCCCUCAUCUCUUGCUACCACCUCCUCCUCCUCCUCCACCAUCUCCUCUAGUUUACAAUCUGCUUCUGCUCACCCCCAGAAACAAACGCCAACUACCUUCUCCUCAAAACUCAAUACACCCUCUACCCCUGCCCAGACCUCUCAGGCAUCCACCACUUCAUCCACCCAGUCAGCACAUGCAGCCACCCCUGCCAACACCACCUCCCCUAAAGGUGGGAAAAAAGACCCUCAGCAAUCACUUGCCAGAAAAGACUCAGAGGGACUAAGACACAAACUGCCCUCCUCCAGCAUGUAAGACAUUCUCAUAGGAUGUUGUGGCCACUGCUGAUUAGCAGAGCCCUGGAUAUACAGAGUUGUGACAGAGUCGGCGUCAGAUAUCCAAUGAUGUCGUGUCGACAGGUACAUCUUGUUUGCAUUCACUCUAGGAUGUGAUUGUCUUAGAACAUCAGGUGUUCGUGUGACUCUUAACCAAGCUGUCGCUCGAGGAGACUUUCUUGGUGUGUUGAGUGGUUGGUGCAGGCAAUGGUAGAGUCUGAAAAACCAUCCAAAUGUAUACAUACAUAUCUUUGUUUGUGAUUGUUGGAGCAAGCAGGGGAGCUGAAGUGGAAACAGUAUGCACAGUAAAAUGGGGUGGAAGCAAUAGAUGAAAAAAAAAAAGUCUCCAUUUUCUAUACAUGUGAAACAUUUGAGACUCUCAUAAUGUGACAGGAAAUGACAUUGACAAAAAAUGAUAAAUGUGAGAAAAUAAUAACCUUUCUGUUGCAGACACUUCCUGUUUUCCAGCUCCCUCUUGCCUCCCAUUUUACACCAAAGUGUAAUAUUUUCUCAUCAGAAUAUUAAUAAUGAUAAGAAUAUAAAAUCACUGUAAAGUCGAUGCUCAUAUGAAUUUGAAUAAUUAGGAGUAGUUCACUGGUAGUUUUGUUGUCUGACGUGUGUGGUGUUUAGUUUUUUGAAAAAGACAAAACUUUUAAACCUACAUGUUUUUUUGUGUGAAAGACAAUACUGCUCUGCUGUGCACCGUGGCUCACCCGGCUCCCUGAACUGUAAAUACGUGCCUCUAUGUGGGUCUGUUGUAAGCUUCCUCACUCCUCAGCUUCGCUGUCUUUCAUCUCUUCUCUGUCUCGCCGCCUUUCAUCUGAUUUCACAGCCCCCGUCACUAACUGCUUCUUUGGCGCUCACAGACUCACUCCCUUUCUCUCGGUUUGCCCGACACUUUGCUCUGUGCGGCCAUCAGCCUCAUGUUCAAAUGGCUCUUCCUUCUGUCGGCCUACAACACUGUUUCAGCACCAUUUCCUGUGAUGUUUGAUGUUUUGUGUGGGUAGCAACAACACAUUUUUGUCUUAACCCCUGAUACCAUGUUGCCUAGACUAUCAAUUAAAAGACCAAAUGUUUUAUUUUUUAUUUAUCACAGCUUUAGCUUUUGAACAGAAAAGAAUAGCCAAUAAUGCUGUCACAAUGAUGAUCUUGAGCGUGGUGUUUAAGGUGAUGAUUAUGAUUAUGAUGAUGAUGAUGAUGAUG